AAUCAUUCAGAUCGCCCAGGUAAGUUGCCACCCUCCCCAUCUCCCACCUCGUCUCAUCUCGCCUCGCCUCACCUCACUUGUUCCCCUCUUCCUCUUUGCGAUUUGCGACGAAGAUGGUUGAAUCUUUUCUCUCCGGACACCAGGCUGACAGGCCCAUCUGUGCCAUUCCAACAGAAGAUCCCUUCGUCUCGCACGAUUAUCCCACUCCUCGCGCCGAAAUGUCCGACUCCGUCCCCCCCUCCGACGCUCCCGUUGAGCACUUGAACAUCAAGGUCACGGACAACAACAACGAGGUCUUCUUCAAGAUCAAGCGCUCCACCCAGUUGAAGAAGCUCAUGGAUGCCUUUUGCGACCGUCAAGGAAAGCAGCUUUCCACCGUGCGUUUCCUCUUCGACGGCACCCGUGUGCGCCCAGAGGACACCCCCGAUACCGUAUGUUGCCGUCGCUGUCGCAAUUCCUCCCUCCACCCUCCCUUCCACCUGGCCUUCUUUCCACUAACCCGUUUGAUCCUUGACAGCUCGAGAUGGCCGACGGCGAUACCCUAGAGGUCCACCAGGAGCAGAUCGGAGGCUAG